AUGGAGCAUCUGAAUAAAAUGAAGCAACUGGAGACAACCAUUGAGUCCUUGCAGAAGGAGAAAGUGGACUUGCUCCAGAGGAUUCGGGGAGCCGAGGAGUGCUUGCGAUUGAUCUCCCAGGAAAAGAGCUACCUGAACAUCUUGGUUGCUGACCUUCAGUCCGACAGAGAUAUCGUCAACCGCAACAUGGUCGGCCUUUCGAAGACCAUAGAGAAGACAGUGGCAGCUAACCUGGAAUUGCAAGAGCGACUGAGAGCUACUACCGGGUUUACCAAAGGAUGCCAUGAAAUCCUGCAGGAAGCGAAGGCCAUCACGUUUUUGGACAAGUCUACUCAGCUUUCUGAUGGUCAGGAAAGACAAGACCAAGCAAAUCAAGAGGCAAAUCAGAAAGUGGAACAGUUGACUGCAGAGCUAAACCUGCAGAUCAUUGAGAAGGAACAGCUGUUAGCAGACAACAAAUGGAGGAAAGAGAACCUGCAGCAAGUAGUGACGGAUAACGCCUACCUUAAGAAAGUCAUGGCUGUCUUUUGGGAGACCGUGUCCAGCUUGAAAACGGAAAAUGAGUGUCUCCGAGGAAGGCUGAUGACCAUCAUUGAUAAGGAGAUGGCAGCUAAAUUGCCGAUAAUGGAGAAGAAGAAGAAAUACAUUGAAAAGGUCUCCUGUAAUCUAAAGAGCGAACUGGACCGGAUGAAAAUGUUGACAGCCAGAACCAUUCCUCGACUCUUGCCCGCCAACGCUGUCCUUGUCAAGAGGCUCCAAACAACCUAUGACCAGACCAGCUUCAGCAUCUGCUGCUUGUUGGAUGAGGUUAAGGUACUUGGGUCCUUGCUUCUGUCGUGGGAUUUCAUUCAUCGUGGAAAACAUAAUCAGUAA